UCCUCGGCCCGAAACCACCCACCCAACCAAAGGAGAGAGAAGAGAACCCUAAUCUACCGAUCCUCGUGAUGGCCGCCGCCGCCCUCCCCAACUGGGUGAUGGUGGAUCGCUUCGUCUAUCGUAGGGAUGACGACAAGUCCUUCCGCGAGGACAAGAGGACCUCGGCGACCUCCACCACCUCCACCGGCGCCCCCUUCCGCGUCUCCUUCAUCCUCGCCGAGCCCCCCACCCCGUCGCGCCUCUACGUCUGGUGGCCGGAAGGACCAAAGCGACGGCUGGUGUGCCACCUGGUGGCGGCCCACCGCGACCUCGUCCUCCUCAGGCUGGACUCCAUCGCCCUCGAAUCAACCGAGGAGCAUCCGGAACCGUUCCAGGUGAUGAUCCUACAUGACUACUUCGUCUACAUACCCGAUGCCCCCCCGUCACAGCCCAAGCUCAAGCGGCUGCCUGCUUGCACCGAGGAGGACAGCCUGUUCAUGGGGAAGCCAGAUCUGCGCCCGUUCGAGCCUCACUCUGUUGGUCUAUUGCGCCGUGGUGAAGAAGAGUUCGCCGUGGCAUAUCUCACCGUAAGCAGGUCUAAGAGAUCGGUUCAAGCUCAGCUAUGGGUUCUCCGCUCCUCCGUAUCAACAAGACCAUCAUCCAGUGAUGAUGAUGUUGGUGACAAGUGGGAGAUCAAGCGCCUACCCAUCCAGCACCUACCCGAUGAAUACAACGAUUUGUACUACUGGUUGUCGCAUGAGGUGGUUCCCUUCAAGGAUUCCUUGUGCUGGAUUAACUACUACCGAGGCAUCUUGUUCUGCGAUGGUGUCUUUGGGGACAGUCCUAAGGUCUCCUACUCCCGUUUGCCUCUGGAUAGCUUCCCCCGCCAUCCUUCUCGCCACACACGCAAGGAGUUGUACCGCGGCUUGUGUGUCACUGAAGAUGGUCAUCGGUUGCAAUUCGUCGAUGUCGCCCGUGAUGAUGGAGCAGGCAUAGGCCCAAUGGCGCCCUCCUCUACUGGUUUCACCAUAACCAGCUGGAAUGCAAGGAGACUAGGGAAUGGUGCUACGUGCUGGUCCACAGAUGCCACUGUCAAAGCACUUGAACUGUGGGAUCAAAACACCCCUGCAUCUCUCCCACGUCAGGUUAUGAUGCUCCCUUUGCUCACCAUGGAUAAGCCUGAUGUUGCGCACCUCAUAUUGUACGAGUGGCAAGACGUGGUUGACAAGGCCUCACUAGUUACCAUUGACUUGACUGCCAAGCGAGUGGUGGGCAAAGUUGUUCCAUACAUUAAUGGGGAGGAAGAUCUAUCUACUGAUGAUGCUGACAUGGUCAAUUUAAAACCAAAAAACUUCGCGCCCUUCCUUCCAACAGAAUUCUCAAAAUUUCUGAAUCCUGGCCGUUUGUAUAACAAAGCUCACUCCACUGUAUUGCGGAAGGGGGGGAGUCAUGGAUGAGUCUUGUCACUGCCUCGGCCAACUUCGUAAUGAUAUCACCGAGUUGCGAUUUCGUCACCUUUGUAGUUCCAGCUCUCAGAUGACACUCUUUUGAAUUCUGCUGUGUUUGUCAACAAUAUCGAGGGGUCUACUUUUGUGUGGUGAAAAUACGCAUGUUUGAUGGGCUAUCAAUUUUUUUCCUUUCCAGAAUAAUUUUUAACAUUUCACCAAGUCAAUUGGCGGUGGUGGAAUUAUAGCGCCAUGAAAUGGGUGGUAGCACUGGAUAUGUCUGAUUUUGCUAAUGUGGGGGCACUAGGGGAUGAAAUACCUGUUUCUGGUUUCACAUCCAGGAGGAAUCGUGGUCUGAGGUUUAGGUGUGGGCUGAACUUUGAAGGCUCUAAAGUGUAUGGUAUCUCCAUCAUUAUAGUUAUAUUUGGGAAUCCGGUUUCACCGUGUUAAAACAAUGGAUCCUACCUUAAAACUGAUUGCUAGAGCCUAGCCAGCAAUAGAAAGUGUAGGACCG